AUGGUCAAGAAACGCGCGUCGAACGGCCGAAACAAGAAGGGCAGAGGCCACGUGAAGCCCAUCCGAUGCUCCAACUGCUCCCGUUGCACUCCCAAGGACAAGGCCGUGAAGAGAGUGACAGUCCGCAACAUGGUUGAGUCGGCAGCAAUCCGUGAUAUCUCGGACGCCUCCGUAUUCGCCGACUACGCCGUCCCCAAAAUGUACCUGAAGCUCCAAUACUGCGUCUCGUGCGCCAUCCACGGCAAGAUUGUGCGUGUCCGAUCGCGCGAAGGCCGCCGAAACCGUGCCCCUCCUCCGAGAAUCCGAUACAACAAGGACGGCAAGAAGGUCAACCCACAACAGGCUGCUCGUGCUUUGUAA